GCUUCUCAUGUGACAGGUAUCUGCACCAAUCGGAGCAGAAGGCGGGACUGUGCAGCAAGGAGCGGUGCUUGUGUGGAGAUCUGAAUCUUAAGAGUCUUGCAUUCGAAACAUCAAGAGUGUUGCAGUUACUAAGCUUGGGUCAUGAUUCAAACAUUUCUGAUCCUAUCUCUGGUUGCUGGCCUGGCUUCAUCUUUAACUUGCCCAGAUGGCCACAAGUGCACAGAUGAUCAAACCUGCUGUAAGGGGAAGACUGGAAGCUAUUCCUGCUGUCCUUUACCCAAUGCGGUUUGCUGUUCAGAUAUGUUGCACUGCUGCCCUGAAAAUACCACUUGUGAUCUAGUACAUUCACUUUGCACUGGUCUGACUACUGUACCCUGGAUGGAAAAAAUCCCAGCAACCCACACUGGGACAACCCUGUGGGAAGAAACAGAAUCCACCCCCCUGGUACAAGCAGGAACAGCGAAUGCAGUGACUGAAAAUGUGUGUCCGGAUAAUACUGAAUGCCCACCUGAGUACAGUUGUAUGCCUACUUCUAAAGGAACCUAUGGUUGCUGCCCACUUACUGGAGCAACUAUUUGCAAGGAUUUGGAGCAUUGUUGUCCAAAGGGAUACAAGUGUGACCUUGGCAAAGCUAAGUGCAAAAGGACUGGAUUUGAAGAAUUGCCAUUGGUUUCUGGAGUAGGAAACUUGCGUACUGCUGAGAGUGAGCUUUGUGGCAACAUGUCCUGCUCCGAGGGAUAUACCUGUUGUACCUCUAAUGACUUUGGCUGGGGAUGUUGCCCUAUGAAAAAUGCUGUAUGCUGUGAUAAUCAAUGCUGUCCAAAAGGUUUCCAGUGUGAUAAAACAAGGAAAACCUGCAUCAAACCCAUUGAUGAGAAUGUAAAGGCGAUUAUUUGUCCUGAUGGCAAAUCUGAGUGUCCAAAUGGUUCCACAUGUUGUUUACUUAGAAGUGAGCAAUGGGGAUGCUGCCCUUUGGAAAAGGCUGUAUGUUGUGAGGACCACCAGCAUUGUUGUCCUACUGAUACCAGGUGUGAUGUGAAGCAUUCCAAGUGUUUGUCCGAAUAUGGAGUGAUGGAAAUGUGGAAAAAAUUUCCAGCCCGCAGACGAUUUGCCAUGAAGAACACUGGAGUUCAUGUAGUGAAGUGCAAUGAGACUGUGGCCUGCCCUGACAAUAAUACAUGCUGCAUUCUUGCCUCAGGAGAUUAUGGAUGUUGUCCUUUGCCAAAUGCAGUUUGCUGCAGUGAUCAUGUACACUGUUGUCCACACGGCUCGAUUUGUUCGCCUGAUACUGGAGCAUGUCACCAGAAGGACAUUUCUAUCCCUUGGAUGACCAAAUCUCCAGCUCUUGUGAAAGAGAUUGCGACUUAUGUCAAGUGUAGCUGCCAGAGUGAUCAGACGUGUUGCAAGAAUCCUUUGGGAGAGUGGGGAUGCUGCCCUCUGCCAGCGGGAGUCUGCUGUUCCGAUAACAUUCAUUGCUGCCCUAAUGGUUACGCAUGUGAUGUUCAAGCAGGGCUCUGUUACAAAGGAAGUAUUUCUGUUCCUCUGUUAACAAAAAUACCAAGUAUUUUGAAAGAUGGAGCCUUAGACAUCCAGUGUGAUGAAACUGUAAAGUGUCAAUCAGGCUCCACUUGCUGCAAGCUAGCCUCGGGAUUGUGGGCCUGCUGUCCCCUUCCACAGGCGGUAUGCUGUGAGGAUCACAAGCACUGCUGUCCAAAUGGCUACACCUGUAAUUUGACAGCCAAGACCUGUGAAAAGCAAAGUAUCUUGGCACUCCGGCAUGUCGAAGAGUCUCUGUCCUCUGAUGUACAAUGUGAUGCUAUGGUCCAGUGUCCUUCUCCAGCCACUUGCUGUAAGAGUGCCUCAGGCAAAUGGGCUUGCUGUCCUUACAAAGAAGCUACUUGCUGUGAAGAUAAGAUGCACUGCUGCCCAAAUGGCUAUAUGUGCAAUAAAGGAGCUAAAGUAUGUACUUUGCAGCCUCGGCUCCGCUGGGACCAACUUUUCUUGAAGCGCAAAAGGAUCUUCAACAUCCUGUAACCUGUUUUGUGCCCCUGAACCACUAGCUAUUUAAUGCUCUGAAACAAAAUCUUUCAGUUUGUAAACUUGAGAAUUGUUCACCAAAAAAAAGUUUUGGCUAGCAUUUUUUUAGUAGUGAAAUUUCUGGUAACGUGUACUACACGAGGCAUCUCUGGGUGGCAAAAUCCUGAUUGCUAACUGCCUUGGAACUAGAUUUAAGUGGGUUAAAUGCUUGCAAUAAAAUGCUUUCUGGGGAUUUUGUGAACUGAAUUGUGUUUUUUGUGCAUUGCAUAGAUAGUGAAUUUAAAAUUGCAUUACAUUGAAAUAAAGCAACUCAAAAGAACAAAAGCAGACAACUUACCUGCUUGAUGCUUGCCUUGAUUUUUUAAAAAAUGUACUUCUAAAUCUUUCAAUUCAGUUGUAAUUUUUUUUGUGUAUUAAGUAUGCUGUACAUGAUUGUGUUCAUAACCAUCACAUCUAACAAACACAAACAUUUGAAAAUUCUGGUAAAUGCAGUGUAGACAAUGGUGGAGGGUAGGGUGAGGGAGAGAAGAUGUAUAUAAUUGUUUGGUUUGGCCUAUACAUGCUCAAAUGAAAGGUUCUGGUGUAUCUCUUUAUCGGUGCCUUUUUUUGUAUAUUUGAACCUGGCAUAGUUGAGUGUGUCAUCCUAGAACUAGUAUUCCAGCAUCUUUUCUGGCACGAGUGACUUCAGCAAUAUUAAAAUUGUCCCUUGGCAUUAAAUUGGCUAGUUAGCUUUAUCUAAAAAUGCAGCACCCAAUGAUCCAUUGUUGUUUUCAGAUGUCAAUUGCUGCUGUUCCAUCUUUAAUAAGAAUAUCAGGAAUCUAAGAUCUGUAAGUGUCUAUUCUUUUUAAAAAAAACUGAUAUUAUAUAACAUUUUUGACAGUCUGUUGUAUCAGAUGUUCCUCAGUCACUUGCCUCAGUGUUUCGCUGGUUGACCCACACAUCUUGAAUUGCCUAGACGUGGUGGGUCUCAUCAGAACAAGGAUGAUUUUAACAGGGUGCAAGUUUAACUAGGGUACUCCGAUUGCUUAAGACAAAGUGUCAGCUAGCCGUUAAAUUGGGGGUCAUGCAUGCCUAUCUGAUGUUAUGCUGAAAUAUCCUAUAGAAGUAAUGAGCCACAACAUAAUGGAAUUUGAGGUUUUAAGUUUCAUGUGUAAAAUUUGAUAGGUAUUAAUUAGGCUAAUAUUCCCUCAUUGUUGAUGGUAGGUGCAUUUUAUCUAUUCCUGGCUCAGUUCUAGUGUGUCUUUUCCUACAAUUUCUAAAACUUAGUACCUUACUCAAGCUAAUGCUGAUUUAAAGAUGAAGGCACAAAAUGUGCUGGUGCAAGGUCUUUGGCUGGCAUGCAGAAUUAGAACUGCAUUCCAGCAGCCUCAGUAAGAUGACAGAAACUUUCAGCUAUGUUAAGAUUUUUUCACAGUUUGUGCACAGGAUGAAUACUGGCUCACAUUUCAUGUAAUAGAGUUACUGUUAAAUCUUACUGUAAAUGUUGAUAUAAAAAAUCUAGUAUUCAGCAAUAACAUCAUGCAGCAAGGAAAAAAAGCCCAUUUAACUUAACUGGUCCUCAUCACCCAGUAGGUCUCCUUCUCUAUUAACCCUUAUCCACUUGUCCAUUGCCUCUAUGCUUGUCAGAGACCCAGCUUCAACCUCCCUCCCACCCUGUCUCUCCCUGGUAGUGCAUUCUAGAUACACUCUUAAAUCUCUAAACUGCCUUGUCCUAAACCUAUUUCCUCUAAUUUUACCCACCUCUAUGGGGGAAUGUUUCCUGCAAUCAAACCUGUUGGCAUUCUUCAACUUUGUAUACUUCAGUUAUGUACCCUCGAUCUCCUACUUCAAAGGAAAAGACUUGACUUCUCUCUGAUAACUGAACAGCUGCAUCCUAGGCAACAUUCUGAUGAAUUUCCUCAAAACUCUCUCCAGUGUUAUCAUAUCCUUCCUAUACCUGCAUGCAGUACUGAGAUAAAAGUCUGAGGAAUGUUUUAAGUUGGUGCAUAAGCAUCCAUUUUUGUAUUGAAUGCCCUGAUUAAUGAAGGCUAGUGUCCUGUGACUUGCCAGCCACAUUGUUUACCCAUGUUGCCAUCUGCAAGGAUCAAACAGUCUAUUCCUAGGAUCCUACCAUCAAUGGGGUAUGUCUUACCCUCCUUAAUACUACCAUAUUGUUUAAUGUUUCUAAAUCAUUUCCGAAUGAGUUGUGUAUUUGGGCAAUUUUCUAGAUCAAAUAAUGCUUGAUUUCAGUUUGUUUUUAAUUUGGAGUACUUUUUUCUGUUAAAACAAUACAAUUCUUUAAUCGUAUCCUCCACUGUGCUACUUAAUUAAAUGUCUUUCUUAUCUGAUCAGUGAGACUUGGUCAGCUUGUUGGGUUUGAGCAUCAGCUCACUUGAUUGUUGGCAAUCUACUGCUUUAGUGUUACUGCGAAGGUGAUUUAUCAUUCUGAAGAUCAUAAUUGAUUGUACUAUGUAGCUUUUUGUUUGCUAUUAAAUAAAACUGAACUGAUUUAUUAAAAAUCCUCCCU